UUUUCUGGGUCGAGUCUUGUCAAGUUAUCCUUGGCAUAUCGUUCAAUCGUUAUUAUCAUAUAUCAUCACAUCUAGAAUCUUUAUUUGAUAAUCAAGAAAAACAUCAAAAGAUUCUACAAUCAUUAGGACUUUAUGCUACGGUUGAGCAAGUUCCCUAUUCUACGUCUACCCGUUGAUUCGUCAUCAUAUCCAGCCUCCGCUUCGGAACUCCGAGGAACAAGAUAAACCACAAAUCACUCUUUCAUUCCUUUCCAUCAACAUCAUCGACAUCUAUCUAUUCAAAAUGGCCAUCAGAACCACUUCUCUUCUGUUGACCAUUCUCUACGUCACCGGGCUAGUACUAAGUGCCCCAACGGCGAGGGAUGUUUCUUCACCCCUUGACGCCAUUGCAAAGCUCUCCCAGGCUACGUCUAAGCGAGACUCGUUAACGGAUCCCAAGAAAUAUCGUCUCUUCAGAGUUGACAGGGCUCUGUGGGAGAAGGUAUCCAAGACUGACCAGCCAACGAAAUACUUCCUCGACGCAACUCUCGAACUUCUCGAGACGAGCCAAAACACCGAGGUGGUGCCCGUCUUUCCCUCCUCUGACAAGGGGAAAUCCGUCAUCAUCGAUACCAACGGCGACUUGAUGGCAUCGUAUGGGCAUGACAAGUUUGUCCCUGUCUGGAGCCGAGAGCGGAAGCAUCGUCAUCACCUCCAACGUGCCCUGGGCCAGCGGUUUGCUUUGUUCAUCUUGGGCUUUUCUCUUGCCCUUGCCAUUAUUUGCUCUUGCAUGAGAAAUUUGUGCCGUCCGCAAGAUGAUUCUGAGAGCAAAGAACCUGAGCCUGGUGCGGUCGAAAAGGGGGUUGAUUCCCAAGAAUGAGAAGUUUGUAACAAGAUAGCAGUCAACUUUACACUGAAUGGAGUACACAGCUGGCCGAUGAAUGUGUGCCAGCCGAAUCGAUGACAGACAAAUGAUGGGAUGGAGGCCCUUGGGAUUGAUUUACACUUGGGGCGUUGAGGGAUUUAUCAAGGGCACUUGGACGCCAACCGAGAUGGAUACAAUGUGGGUUUGUGUAAGCUGGACGAGAACAUGUAUAUCAAGCACUGAACAUUUUACGAAGCAUAAACUCUAUAUAUCUAUAUAUAUAUAUAAUUCUAAUCAUCUAUAUUCAAG